UUGUCGCUAUAAGCACUUGACAUGGUUUGGCGAGGAGCAUCGCGACGCUCGUCUGGACCACGAUCGGUGUAUAAAUAAUAUCGUCGAUUUCGAAUAGACAACGUAACAGGAUCGAUAGUGUGCGCUGGGUGCAAAUUCGGCCGAAUAGUGGUGCAAGUGGUGCAGUGGCCAGGACCGAUGUGCAAGUCCUCCUGGGUGGUAUGCUCGAAAACAAGAAGUUGAUGCCCCCAGAGAACACAUUCUACGUACGAGGUAGCGCCGAUCAAUUGGGGCAUCUUAGGUGAAGUUUUGGUCCUAAGAUUCGUGUCGCAAUAUCCCUCCAGAUCUUUUUCAAGAAUGCCAACACUGGUCAGGUGAUGGACGGGAUCCAGCCCAGUUCGACCCGGUGACGGGCAGCCAGGAAUGUUCAUCCCCGAUACCCUGCGCAGCUGCAUGGUGGAACCCGAUGUUUCGUCGUAUCUGCAGACGCCGUCCUCGGGACAGCAGGACGAGUUCCAUCCUUUCAUCGAGGCUUUGCUACCUUUUGUCAAAUCAUUUUCCUACACGUGGUUCAACCUCCAGGCAGCUAAAAGAAAAUAUUAUAAAAAACAUGAGAAACGAAUGUCGAUGGAAGAAGAACGUCAGUGUAAGGAGGCACUCCAGAAUGAGAAGGCGGAAGUUAAACAGAAAUGGGCAUCGAGGCUCCUGGGAAAACUUCGAAAGGAUAUUACACAGGAGUGCAGGGAGGAUUUCGUCCUCAGCAUCACGGGAAAGCGACCAGCCACCUGCGUUCUGAGCAAUCCGGAUCAGAAGGGAAAGAUGCGUCGAAUCGACUGUCUGAGACAGGCCGAUAAAGUGUGGCGUUUAGAUUUGGUGAUGGUGAUUCUAUUCAAGGCGAUACCGCUUGAAAGUACUGACGGCGAAAGGCUUGAGAAGAGUCCCGAUUGUUCGCAACCAGGAUUAUGUGUGAAUCCAUAUCAUAUAAAUGUCUCAGUACGGGAACUGGACCUUUAUCUAGCGAAUUUCAUCAAUUGUCAUGAAUUAUUGAUAAGGGAUGGACUAUUUUUCACUAACAAUAAGAAGGAUGACGAGCGCAAAAACAAAGUUGCAGGAUACACCCACAAUCCUUACAACGGUGUUAUAGUUAAUGAAAUAAUAAUAGCAACUGGAGUGUUUUCGUCAGAGGAACUGUGGAAAUUAUCAAAAUCUUCGAUUCUUCACGAAUUAUCGGACCCCCAACCCAACGUCAACAGCGUUAAAUUAGAACAUCCCUCUUAUUACUCCAACAACUAUUCGGAAGGCCCAGUAGUGGACAGGCCGACAUCAGUCGAUGCGAUGGUCGUAUCUGCAGCUUAUUCCAUGUCCCAAAACACGACGCUAGUGUCUUCCAGUUCUCAAGCGAGCCCCAGCCAUUUAUUCUACCAGCACAGUCCAGAGUCCCACCAGCACCACCAAAAUCAAGUCAAGUAUCAAGAAAACGGCCACGACACCCUAACAGAUUUCGUGACCUACGUCUGCCAAGAAACGGAAAACGAUCAAACCAACCAGAUGCAGACGAACCUAUCGAGAAGUCCGAAGCCCCAAUACUUCCCCUCGACGAUGCUGCCUCCACCCCCGUUACCGCCGAUGGCCAGGCCGGUGGCUCUCAUAAGAUCGACGGUUGACGCGUCCAUGAGCGGUACGAAUUCGCCGCCCGCGAGCAUAACGCCCCCCUGCAGUGAGACCUCCACCGCCGAGGACGUCCCCGAUAUAAGUUCCUCACCACCGCUAAGUCCAGGGAGGCACGACAGGAGGAAGUCGCCAACGCAGAGGAAUUCCGUGCCCCCAACGAGCCCCUACUCCCCGAACAGAGAUUACUUCAACCACUUUCACGGUCAACCGGGACAUAUUUUCAGUUACCCCAACAUGGGAGGAAUGACUGGUGUUAUCAGUCCUACGAAUCUCAGUAUGUACAAUCCGACGGUACCCUGUUCGAGAGGUACUCCUCGUUCUAGCAUACCCCGCUGGAAUACCCCCCUCUUCACCCUCGACCAAGAGGACUUCAACAUGAUCGCGCACCAAGCCAACUCCGAGCCCAACGCCAUUAUACUGAUGGAAGACGGUACCACAGCGACCAGCACGUCAGAACAUGCGAGUCAGUGUUGCACAAGUGCUAAUCUGCUGAGUGAUGCGGACAGGUUUUUCCAAGGCAACGAUCUAGAGACGUCCACAGCUAGGGAAAACGAUCAGUUAUCCGCACCCACCACACCCUAAAACGUAUUAACGACGAUCAAUAACUGCCUUAUGCGGCUUCAUUGCCAAUUCGAGAGUGAUGAUUGAGUUGAAUUUUUGUAUUAUUUAGCGCGUUUUCGUGCGUAUGGAGGCUGCUCAAAUAGUUUAGUUGGGGAAAGAUGUAUUGAAAAUCUGUAUAUCCCCGUACAAAUCGUUUCGAUGAUGAUUCGAAAGCACAGAAUAUUUAAAGGGUUUCUUUAGAUCGGCACAAAUAAUGAAAUAACAUUUCUGAACCAACUCCCAACUCGCUAUACGCACAGUAUACUGUGAAAUCGGCAUUCUUUCAAUGCGAAAUAGUGACUUGAAUAAAAUUCAAGAUGGAAACCUUCAAAAACCUAUCAUUUGAAAUUCUGAAGCAGAUAAACCUAAGCGAUUCUUUCCUGUCAUCAUCAAAUUGAUUUUAUAUAACAAAAAUCAUGUUUUUAUGUCUCGUGUUCAUUCAGGACUUUCCGGUUAAAAAUCCAGAAAUGCUAAAAAACAUUCAGGGACCAAAUUGUAAAUGACCGAAAUUUGUUGGAAACAAUAUCAAACAGCUUUCAACUACGGUUGAAGUGGGAAACUAGCGAUCUCGAAUUAAAAAAUGUUUCGAAUGUGCAUAAAACGCAUUGUUUCAGGUUGAUCUGAUGGAAAUUCCUAAAUGACCUAUACGAAACAUAUUAAAAUAACCAAAUAUGUACUUAGACAGAAUAGGUGAAAAACGGAUCCGGAUGAGGCAGUGUCUGAGUAUAUCCUUUUGAGGAAUUCAAUUGAAAGAGACACACUUGCAAUUGAGUUCAUCAAUCAAUAAACCUCCACACUGCCUCAUAUUCGGUUAACUUAAAAAUUCUGAUUCCGUUCCUAUGUUGGGUAGUAUAUCCAGCGGUGCUUGUCUUCCAUAACUAUGGCUUGUUUUUCAAGAACAAGCAGUGAGCUGGGUUUGUGCCUUAGUAUUACAAUAAUAAAAAUAUUGACCUUGUUAACAAAUAUAACAUUCAAUAUGUUAUAAUCAAGCUUAUUCAAUAUGUAAGGGAGGCUCAAUCGAUUGAUCGUUCACAUCUUGUAAUGAUUGUUGGAGUUCCGACUAUCAAAAAUUAUCAUUACCAAUAUUGGAUUCGUAUACCUAUUCGGAAAACUAUAAUUACUUUAUCAGAAUGCUAACAGUUCGUCAGUAAUUCAUUUCAUGAUUAUUUUUCUCUAUGAUAGUAUCAGUUCCAGGUAUGAAACUGUUAGAACUCCAUUGAUAUCCUUCAAGAAAUCAUCAGCAUAAUCCAUAAAAGGAUGUUCAAUCCAAAAACUGAUUGAUUAACUUUCGUUCAAGAGGAAUACCUAACAUACCUACAAAUUUACAAGCGUUAGUCAGUCAGUCAGUCGGAACCUGUUCAUUAUAUGAAGAAGUGGUUUAUAAAAAAAUCGAUACAGCUUUAUCCAAGCCGAAUGUUCGGAUCAUGUAGAAUUCACGUUAUUCAGCUAUGAAUUUGGGAAUUCUCAAUGAAUUAAAUACAAAUAUAUUUAUGUACUUAUGAUAGUCUUGAUCAAAAAGGUUUACACUUCAUAUUUCCAACCAUUUCGUGAGUAGACUCCUAAAAUCAACAAGGUAAUGCUUGGAAAUGUGAAAUGGGAGGGUAAUCAAUAUUGAGUGGCUUCUUUCCCUAUGAAGCCCUUCAAUUUGAAAAAUUCCCUACAAUUAUCAUAUAAAUGAACGAAUUCUUCUGUGAUUUUUAGGUCAAAAACCAACUUUAUAGUUCAGGUCAUGUUGUUUGUCAGGUCAUGCUUCUCGAUUAUUUUGAAAUUUCACACAUACCUAAUAUGGGUUCUCCGAGCUUUUUAUAUUUGAACCCAUCCGCAAAUUUUUCCAAAGACACAUAAAAUUUCCACAUGUUCUCACGAAAUAUUAUGACAUCUUGAAUUGUUAUUCAUCUUAAAUUGUUUUUUUUUUCGAAUAUUGACGAUGGUUAUUUAUUCAGGUCGAAAGAGAGUCGUUAUUAUUUGAAUUAAGUGUAUUCUCAAUCAUUGUAAUGAUGGUUAUAAUAUUUUAAUGAGAAAAUGUGGAUUUGGAAUCGGAUUAUUUGCGGGGGAAAAUUUAGUAUCAUAUACCUAUCCUACAUAUUAUUAUUAUUAUGAAUAAAAUGUAAAUAAAACGACACCUUUGUUACUUAUGCGUAUACUUUUAGAAUCGGGUGAUAUUUAACCAGUGCCAUUGAUAUUGUUGAUUACCUACAUUGUUAGACGUAUAUACGUCAGUAGAGGUUAAUAAUAGUGAGCUUAACCUAAAAUGUAUGAUUUUAUGAUUAAAUCAGAGGGUUUAUUUAAUAAA